CGGAAGUAUCAGAGGCAACUGCAUAAUGGUAUGGCAAGAGAGAGGUUAUGGACGACCGUUUGAACGCGGAAUGUCGUCGUUGGCGAAACUACCUCCCGCUGCCUACACUUUGCUACCGCAUCAGGUUGAAGGCCCCUUCUCAAAGCAUUUCUUGGCUUUGAUCCGCUCUUCUUUCAAGGUCGACAGCGGGACUGUUCGAUGAGUGCAUGUCUACGGUGUUUCCGGCCCACCUGGUGGGCAAGACAUUCCCAAGGUCUCGGGCGCCCCGGAUAU